UACGACUCUCUCUGGGGAAAAGACAAAAAUGUAUGGAUAGGUUUAGAGAGGGAUACGUCACAGACAGGAAUGGUGUAUAAAUGGAUAGACGGAACUACUCUCUCCUGGGGCUCAUACAACAACCCCCCUUGGAAAGACGCUUCCACACCAGUAGAUGACGUCACCAAAGCUUGCGUCAUAAUGGAAUGGGACGAGUCAUUACGCUGGAUACACCAUGACUGUGCGUCAACUGAGGAUUUCUUGUGUGAAGGUUUCUACCUUAAUCCUGGGUCCACUCGUGGAUGGACAUCUGCCAAAUCCACGUGUGAAGGGAUGGGGAUGAAGCUGGCCUCACUAAAAUCGGCGGAAAUUAACGAAGCGGCCAUCCAAUACGUCAACGUACAACAAAGCUCGGGGUCAGUUAGAGAUGUGUGGUUCGGUUUAUCGCUAUCAGGAGGACAGUACGUAUAUGAAGACGGUACGGUGGUUACUUCCGGUGUCUACGGAAUCGGGUACAAUAAUUAUCCCUGGAGGUCCUCUGAACCUAAUAACCCUGGCAGCGAUUUCUGUAUCCGCCUGGCGUCAGAUGGAGGGGGUGUGUUCAGAUGGGCGGACUGGAACUGCGGCUCAAGUUACAACUUUCUGUGUCAAGCCUCUUUUACACCUGUCACUACCACCACCACCACCACUACAACCACUACGACCACGACACCAGUUCCUUCAACCACCACCACCACCACCACCACCACAACCACUACCACCACUACACCAGCUCCUACCACCACAACCACUACCACCACUACACCAGCUCCUACCACCACAACUCAGGUAGUGACCACCACCAAACCGUGGUGGUUUGUGGAGUAUAGCGCUGAUGGAAAAGCGAUCGGAGCUAAUGGAAAGACGUUUGACGAAUCGGUGCCUCCAGCCAGGUUAGGGGUCAUCGGUCUGUGUAUCGGCUUCGCCACGUUCGCCGUACUGAUGACGUUGAUUUGUAUGGUCUGGUUCUGCUGCAUCAGAAAUAAAGACGAUUACCGCUUCAUGGAAGAAGAGGAGGAAGAAGAGAAGAAGACCGUCGCUUUUACACCCGUCUCUCAGAAACCGCACGGACUCCAGUACUACGCAUAAUGAUGUCCCCUGGCAAAUAAUCUUAUAAAUCCUAUGAAAUAUUCUAGCUGUUAGAAUUUUUGUGCCAAUUUAAAAAUAAAGGGAUUUCCAACUGUUCCAAAUAAAUAAAAGACAGACAAUGGAAAGUUACAAUUCAAAAAGAAAUAUAUGUACAUUUAAUCUGUAGAAUUAUUCCGAAUGU